AUGAAGUUCUUCGCUGCUGUUCUGGCCCUGGCCGCUACCGCCGUUGCUGCUCCCGCCUCCUCCGGCACCUUCGUCAAGGACAGCAUUGCCUGCGCCUGCGUCAACAGCCAGGGCGUCUACGCGGCCGGCGACCUGUGCACCCAGGCCGAUGGCGGGCACACCCGGGACCUUCCUGGCGGCCUGUGCUUCCCGCGCACGGCCCGCUCUGCGGACAUGACCAAGGUCUUCACCGAUGCCAUCUGCAAGGCCACCUUUGGCAACCAGGGCUGGGACAAGGCCGUCUGCAAGCCCGUGAAGAUCUGCACCGAUCCGUACUGGGGCCCUGAUAUCUGGACCCAGUGCUAA